AUGGGUUAUCAACCGUCUAACUGGGUUGUACAAAAAUUUGGUGGUACUUCGGUGGGUAAAUUUCCGGCAGAGAUCGUCGAAGACAUCGUUAAAGUCUACACUACAGAGUACGAUAAUAAUGUGGCAGUCGUUUGCUCUGCACGUUCCUCUUAUACCAAGGCUGAAGGUACAACGUCACGUCUACUAAGGUGCUGUGACCUUGCCUCACAGGAACUCGAUUUCGCGGAUGUCAUUGAAGCUAUAAGGCAGGAUCAUGUUCAAAAUGCAGAAUCUUAUAUUCAAAACCCAGUAUUACAGACGAAAUUAAUUGCAGACACAAACAAGGAACUCGAUUUGGUCACUAGAUACCUAGAAGCUUCCCAGAUCUUGGGUGAAGUAAGUACUAGAACUAUGGAUCUAGUCAUGGCCUGUGGUGAAAAAUUAAGUUGUCUCUUCAUGGCUUCUCUGUGUAAUGACCGUGGUUGCAAGGCUCAAUUUGUUGAUUUGACUCAUUUGAUUCCAUCUGAUUAUAAUGUAAGCGUUUUAGACAGCACAUUUUACACCUUCCUAGUGCAAGCAUUGAAAGAAAAGCUUCUACCUUUCGUUAACGCUAAGGAGAGAACCGUGCCAUUGAUUACAGGUUUCUUCGGCUUAGUUCCAAAUGGUUUAUUGAACGGUGUUGGGCGUGGUUAUACCGAUCUAUGUGCGGCAUUGAUUGCUGUCGCAUUGAAUGCUGAUGAGUUGCAUGUUUGGAAGGAAGUCGAUGGUAUCUUUACGGCAGACCCAAGGAAAGUUCCCCAAGCCCGUCUAUUAAGCAGUGUCACUCCGGAAGAAGCUGCCGAAUUAACUUACUACGGUUCAGAAGUCAUUCAUCCUUUUACCAUGGAACAAGUUAUGAGAGAAAAGAUUCCUAUCAGAAUAAAGAAUGUGCAAAAUCCAAAAGGUGACGGUACAGUCAUCUACCCUGAUGACAUGGCUAAGAAAGGUGAAGCCACUCCACCUCAUCCACCGGAGGCUCUGUCGCAGUCCUUCUUCGAGAGAAGAAGAAGAGGUGCCACGGCAAUCACCACCAAGCACGAUAUCGUGGUGGUAAAUAUUCACUCCAAUAAGAAGACUCUGUCCCACGGUUUCUUGGCUCAAAUCUUUACCAUCCUGGACAAAUACAAAUUGGUUGUGGAUUUGAUCUCCACUUCGGAAGUCCACGUUUCCAUGGCUUUGCCCAUCCCAGAUACUGACUCCAUGAAGAACCUAAGGCAGGCUGUCGAGAAAUUGAAACUUUUAGGAACAGUUGACAUUAUAAAAAAGAUGGCCAUCGUCUCCCUGGUUGGUAAACAAAUGAAACAGUACAUCGGUAUUGCCGGUACCAUGUUUGCCACAUUGGCCGAAAACAACAUUAAUAUCGAAAUGAUCUCUCAAGGUGCCAACGAAAUAAAUAUCUCCUGUGUUAUUGAAGAAGUGGAUUCCAUAAAAGCACUAAAAUCAAUCCACGGUAAACUGUUGGACGAUAAAUCAUCAGAAAAAUCCUUCGAACAUGCAAUUAACGAACGUCUUGAACAGAUCAAGAAGAUGGAUUUAUAA